GUGCAAGGGGCUCAACAUCGGCUUCAUCACACUAGCUGGUAUAAAGAUGUCAACAAGUUCGAAGGUAUUGUUAAUCGUGAUCGGAAAAAAGAUGCAUGUGCCAAGUUAAUGGAAUCUUCCUACUUGAAGUGUGGUACGAUGAAAAUCCAGAAAGAUCAUUCAAGAUUUCGUUAA